AUGGUACAAAAGUAUCAAUCCCCCGUGCGGGUUUACAAAUACCCGUUCGAGUUAGUGAUGGCCGCAUAUGAGAAGCGGUUUCCCACCUGUAAGAUGAUCCCUGUGUUCCUGGGCAGUGAUAUAGUCAGUGAAUACAAGAGUGAGGAUGCAGCUGUACAUGUGGUUGAGAGGAAGUGUCGACUUAAUGUGGAUGCCCCUUAUCUUCUAAAAAAGAUUGCUGGAGUUGAAUAUGUGACAUUUUACCAGAAAAACAGUUUGGACAGACGGAAACGGACAUUACACAUUGAUGCUCGAAAUGAGAGUUUUUCAUCUCGUGUGUCAGUCCAUGAACAUUGCUUCUAUUCUGUUCACCCCGAGAACAGUCAAUGGACGUGCUUUGAACAAGAUGCCAGCCUUGAUAUCAAGUCAUUCUUUGGUUUUGAAAGUACUGUGGAAAAAAUAGCCAUGAAACAAUACACCCAAAAUAUAAAAAAGGGUAAGGAGGUUAUCGAGUAUUACAUCAAUGAGCUAAUCAGUCAGGGUAUCACAUACAUUCCACCGUGGUCAGAAACGCACAAAUUGCCCGAGCCUUCAGUGGAGGAUGCACCAUCCCAGGACAGUGGCCUACGAAGUCGCUCAGACAGCGUUGUUAGUCUAGCAGGCAGCCUGGCCAGCAUGGGGCUUGGAGCUACAGCAGCUUCCAUCAGUCCCUCACCAGAUGGCAAACUUGAGGGUAGUGAAAUCCCAGAAAACAGAAUCUGGUGGAAGCUGGAAGCAGACUACAUUGAGAGAUACCUUGGAGAACUGACCCCUGUUCAGGAGAGUGGACUAGUCCAGCUGAGGCAGUGGCUACAGGAAACCCACAAGGGAAAGAUUCCCAAAGAUUCGCACAUACUGCGUUUUUUACGUGCACGUGAUUUCAACGUGGAGAAAGGCCGUGAUAUGCUUGUGCACUCGCUGGCCUGGCGGAAGCUUCAUAACAUUGACCAUUUACUAGAGAGUUAUCAAGUUCCUGCAGUCAUCAAUGAUUACUACCCAGGGGGCUGGCACUACUGGGAUAAGGAUGGCCGACCACUGUAUAUACUGAGAUUGGGUCAGAUGGAUGUGAAAGGACUGAUGAGAGCCGUGGGAGAGGAAACCAUUUUGAAACAUGUAUUGCGAGUUAAUGAAGAGGGGUUAAGAAAGGCAGAGGAAGCGACAAAGAAGCUAGGUCAUCCUGUUAGUGCAUGUACCUGUAUUGUGGAUUUGGAGGGCUUAAGCAUGAGACAUCUGUGGAGGCCUGGGAUCAGUGCCUUACUAAGGAUCAUCGAGAUCGUGGAAGCUAACUAUCCAGAGACCAUGGGGAGGCUUCUCAUUGUGAGAGCACCACGAGUCUUCCCUGUUCUCUGGACGCUCGUCAGCCCAUUUAUCGAUGAAAAUACUCGCCGCAAGUUCAUGAUCUAUGGAGGCAAUAAUUACCAGGCUCAAGGUGGCUUGGUAGAAUUUAUAGACAAACAGUACAUACCUGACUUCCUGGGAGGACAGUGUCCCUGUAAUGUCCCUGGAGGUGGCCAUGUUCCCAAGUCACAGUACAUGAAGGAUGAAGAGGGUGACAAGUCCCCAGAUGAGCCUCCAUUGUUGGCUGACAGUAUCUACAAAACUGCCUGCUGUGUCAAGGACUACCCACAUGAGGUACUUGUGCAAGUUCCCCAAAAGAAUUCUGUGAUAACAUGGGACUUUGACAUUCUGAAAGGCGAUGUGACGUUCACAGUUUUUCGAUGUCGCCACCCGCUAUCGUCUGAAUCUCAGCACACCCACCACUUGAGUGGAGCUGUGGGAGGGGCAGUGUCAAUCCAGUAUAUAGACCGUUCCCUGCAGGUGGGAGUGGACUUGAGCAUUGUAGAACCACCCCAUAUUUGCAGAGAUGGGGACAGUGUUCAGGGUUCUCAUGUGACAGCACAGGCUGGCUCAUACGUGCUGCAGUGGAAGUACUUUGACUCAGCCAAGGCAUCAUUUGACUUUUCUCUGAGUGCUCACAAAUCCCGUGUGAUGUACUACACAGAGCUGCUCAAAUCUGAGGAUUUCAAAGGCUCCAUGACCAGCCUACAGUCUUGUCAGAGUGGAUUCUCGGCAAUGAGCAUCAGUACAACACAAAGUGCCCAAUCAGCUGUCAGCUCCUGCCCGUCAAGUGAUUUGAUCUUCAGUCUGUCUGUCGGUGGCCAGUGUCUGCCCUCUGUCCAGAAACCUAGGCGACACCAACCCGAUAACAGUGAGAAAAGGAAGGAAGUCCUGAAAAGCCAAGCCGCCCUACAGCCUUCGCCAGAGAAGGAGAGUUAGAGUAGACUCUUCUAUACGCCAGACUACUGACGACUUGAACCGUGUUGGCAGUCCACUCUUCUCGUUCUUCGCCAGUGUUCACUGAGUUAGAGCAGUGGGAGCGUGAUGCAUUUCAGCCUUGAAGGAUGUGGUCAUGGUAUAUAUAUCGUCAGUUACGUACUCUAGGCCCUUGAGGAUAUAUGUCAUAUACGUUGCCCAAGCAGUCAGGUUUUGUUUUGCGAUCAAAUUAUACUUGGAUAACCCUGGAUAUGUCACAGUUGUAGGCUGUCAGUGGACAUUCGUUUUCCUGGGGUUUCAAUGGAUAUUCCAUGCACAUCUUCAUGCCCUGAAUGGGUACUAUAAAUCCCCCGGCUCCCAGUCUGUCUACCUAUAUGUACUCUUCAUGACACUAAUCAUUACGAUGAGUGUAAUGGAUCUGGCCACAUAUGCCCGACUCGUGUUCACUAAAGACCUUUUCCAUGACGACCGUUAUCAGAGCACAUACCACAUAUCUGCCGACUCAGAAUAGAUGCAUAGACUACAGUUUUCUGGCCGUUUGUGAUUUAUUUAUUUAUUUGAUUGGUGUUUUACGCCGCAGUCUCGAAUAUUUCACUUAUACG